AUGGACAAAACGACUCUCGACACCCAACGUUACGCCAGCGAGGGAAUCCGCCUCCUCUACCUCCACUUCUCCCCCAAGAUGUUUGAGAAGGUGAAGCGGACGGCCGACGAUUACAAGUGGACUAUGAUGCCAAUGGAACUCAUCGAUAUGGUUCACAGGCAUGCCUUUGAGGAAAGCAGAGACGUCUUCGACAAGCCAGUUUUCAGCAUCGACGAUUUCAUCAGUGCCAUCACGCCUAUUUUUCGCCCGUCUGUCCUCACUAAAAUCCGCUCGAACUUGGCUUCCUUCGAUGCCGUCGCCGGCGUUGAGUGCACCGAGGUAUUCCUAGGCCAGCAGACGAUCUGCGAUUGGAUUAUGCACAUCAUCGCCGAGUUUCUCAAACCCCUGCACGCCUUAGAACCUGGCCAGUUUACAUCGGCUUCUCGGGGAACCUCUUCGUCUGCCACGACCUCCGAAUCUCUCAAGAAGGACCCCUUGAAUAUCACCCAGCUUGAUGGCCCCUCGGACAUGUUCGAUGUCCCCACAGACCGAACGGUGCAACAGGUCAUCCUCCGCGGGCGUACAGUUCUCGAGGCAUGGGCGAAUAAUGAGACUACUCGCCAACUCAGCAUGAUGAGAAAGGGUCAAGAACGCCUGCGUCAUGACCCUGAAAACCUUGAUCCGACCUGGUCACCUCGACAUGCUGGCAGUAACCCCGUAUACCACGGCUCGGUUAUCCGUGAUGAGGAAUGGCCUCGACGUUUCAACGAAACUCCAUUCGACGCUCUUAGUCCCAGAACUAAUUCCAAUCAGAUGGUGACCGAUGCAUUUUCUGUCAUCUUCACGGCGUUUAGUCCCCUGCGAGCCUUUCUUUGGGCAGCUUUUCAAAACGGAUUGCCCCGCAUGGCGCCCGAUACCCAGGACAUAUUGAACACGCAUAACACCUGGGUCAGUGGUGGAAGAACCUACCAGGGCGCUGUCCUAUUCAAGUUUCACUCGACGCAGCCUUCUCCAGCUGGCCUCACUCACUACGUGAUCCCUGAGGGCAAAGAAAACGACUGGGGAACGAAAUCUUUACACGGCAACUACAAGGCUAUCAACGAGCGACGAGUCUGGGAUUAUUAUCGCACUAUUCAUGGUCAGAGUGGCGACGUUUUUCCAGAUCUCGUUCAUGGUCUAGAAUAUGGCCACCAACUGACUGCGCUCACACCUUUCCGUACCAAUAUGUGGCGCACUAUCUGGAGGGCAGGUGCAGCCUCAAACCAUCUCAACGCUCAACAUGCUGCAACUUAUGCCAUCAGCUUUGAGAUUGGCUGCCCUGCUGAGCCUCCACCAGCAGCGGCCAAGACUAUGGGGAAACCGGGUGACGGCCAAGACAAAGACCAAGGCAAGGGCGGGGGUAAGGGGGAGGGUAAGGCGUCGCUGGGACGCCGAAUCAGGAACAAGGCCUCCACCAUCUUCAGGCCCUUCUCAGAUCGUUCCUCGUAG